AUGAGCGCUGAAGGUGCACCCGCCCAAGAAGGCCCUCCACCUCAAGGGCCGCCUCAGCCGCAGCAGGGCGAAGGCAUCUCUAUUCCUGUUCCUCUGGGACCCAACGGCGAGAGACCCACCCCGGAGCAAAUACGGCAGAUUCAAAUGCAACUCACCGCGGAGGCAGAGAAGCAGGGCCUCUCGCUCCAGGAAUACGUUCAGAGACUCCGACAGCAGGCCAUGGCACAGCAACAGGCGCAAAUUCAGGCGCAACAACGAGCCCAGCAGCAGCCCAUUCAGCCAGGGCCACCCAAGCCAGAGGCCCUCGCCGUCGCCAACUGGCUAAAGGCACAGGAACUCAAGCCCCGCACCGUCGUUCACGACGAGAAGCGCAAGGACAUGUUUAGAGUCAAGCGUGCUAUCCGCGCCCUGCAGUCGCCUGCCUACCAGAAAGCCCGGGCGAAGAACCCUCUGCUUCCCGAAGUCACGGACCGCGCAUCAGCCGAGAACGCGUUCAAGCUCCUUCCGCUCUCACUGCUUGCCCUCCGCGUCUCCAAGGUCGAAGGAGAUGCGCACGAGGGCCAUGGGCAUGCAAAGCCCAAGCGCGUCAAGGGGCUAUGGACAGUCAAGAUUGAGCAACAUCAAGAAGCCAACGACGACAACUACUACAUCUGGCUAUACGAGGGUUCACAAAUGAAGCAAAAGCUAUAUGCUGCCGGUGCUCUGGUCUUGGUCAUUGCUGUCGUGCUCUUCCCGCUGUGGCCCCUCAUGCUGAGGCAGGGAGUCUGGUACCUGAGUAUGGGCAUGCUCGGCUUGAUUGGGCUGUUCUUCGCCAUGGCCAUUGUUCGCCUGAUCCUCUUCGUCAUUACCAUAUUUGCGGCCCCACCUGGCCUUUGGCUCUACCCCAACUUGUUCGAGGAUGUGGGUUUCUUCGACUCGUUCCGGCCUGUCUGGGCAUGGCAAGAGACUGCAGAAGACAUCCAAAAGAAGAAGCAAGCCAAGAAGGAAAAGAAGGCGGCCAAGCUCGCCGCCCGAGCCAAUGGAGCGGCCAAAUCUAGCAAAUCUCAGGCCCAAUCCCACGACCAUGGCCACGACCACUCGCACGAUCACGGCCACGACCACGACCACAGUCAUAGCCACGAUCACAACGUCGUCCAGAUCGCUCCCGUACAAUUCUCCUCGCCUGUCGACUCUGCAUCUCAGCCCACCGGCUCAGAAGCCGGUCCAGAGGGCGGACUCACCCAACGGCCGCCGCGGGCCACGGUGGAGGAGGCCGAGGACGAGUAG